AUGAAGCUGGCAAUCUGCGGUGUAGUCUUCUGUCUCCUCCAGAUCCAUGGUGUUCACGGGCUUGCGGCAACCAUUUGCGACAACGCCAUCAACCCCACCGGCGCAUGUAACAUCGACUACACAACGUCCCACAUCAUCUACAGCGAUGGUAGGACUCAGUACAGUAGCGGGGGCAUCUGCAGCCUCCCAGAGAUUUGCAUCAGCUGCAAUGAUGGCUUCUAUUGUGCUCGCCCAUCUCCAACUGUGACCUGGAGGAAUGCACGUCUCCAUCUGACCAGGUGUGUUCCAGGUGUGAGGGGGGUAUACAGGGAGUUGGAGGGGGAACGAGCCUACGCCGUCACCACAGACAAGAAAUCCUGCAUUCAGGCCUGUUCGUGGCGGAGUGACAGCACACGGUGCUACCCUGGAGAAUGUGCAGAUGAAUAUGCCAGGAAUUGUAUCUGUACAGCAGAGUUUAGUGGCAACCACUGCGAGAAAAUCGACACGUACCCGUCCAUCAUGUACAACACACUGAAGGUGACCGGGCCAGGGCUGGACAAGGUUGAAGCACCAGACAACCCCAAUGAAGGAGCGCCCCAGGAGGAGUCGUGGACCAACAUAAACGACACCAGGACGAUCUACUACAAGUUCGAGACCAAGUUCAUCAUGACUGCGACUCCACCACCCAGACACGCCUAUGUAGAGGGCUUUGCUGUGGGCAUCAUCCAAGCCAAGGCAACAUUUGAAAUUACAAGAAACAACUCUGUGAUUAUGAGCACUGUACGACCCUGCAAUGGCUCCAGUAAGACGGCGCCUCGUCAAGCUAAGUUGACCUGUGAGGGAGACGUCACUGCGGAUACGUUUGUCUCGCUUCCGGUGGAGAAUGGUGACAUAAUGGAAUUCACAUUCGAGGCAACUAAUGGCGGCUACGUUAAAGUGAGGAACAAGGAGAGCGGCAUCCUCGUCACCUACUACUACGAAGGGAAGACACAAAUCAAUCGCUACAUUCUCGGGUUCGACUUCAUAGACCCACAUCACUGCAGUUUAGAUGUGGAGGAGAAUUGCACGGAGGACAUGGCCCCGAUCAAUGAGAUGAUGACUUUCCUGCAGACCUGCAAUGUAUUCUUAUGUCUCCAGGUCCCGAUCAGCGUCUCCUGGCAAGGAUGGAGGGAUGAUGUACUGGUGUACUCCUACUUGGUGUCGGUCUCUGAACUUCAUGACGAACAUCCCAACAGAAGUGACUCUCGACUUGUGGAGAAAUCGCUGGCCUUUGAAUCUGACAGACAUAGAGGCGAGAUAUCUACGAGUCAGGUUCAUCUGUCACACCCCGGGGUGUAUGCGCUUGUGCUAACUGCUCACGACAAGGCCGAAAACAGCAAGAGUGCUCGACGAAUAUUCAUCUACGAUAAGGUGUCAAAUGUGGACGUGGUUCAUGGCACGAGGCUGUUGGUGACGUCCUCAGCACCAAUAACAGGGCACCGCUGGCAGUGGAACACGACGGGCGUAUCUGUGGAUUGGGAGAAGAGGUAUAUCAACACGCUCCAUUUGAACAAUGGAUGGCUGAAGCAAGCAGCCCUCUCCCAUGACGUCACACCUGACUAUGACGAUAACAAUCACUCCAGGGGAAUAGACGCCAUUGAUCAUGUACAGGCCAUAGUUGAAUACUGCACCGCCUUCCUGACUGACCACAGUGGGGGCAGUAGCAUCCCCUCUCCCCCUCCUGACGCCGAGUUCCAGAGCCAGGGUCUGAUGCAGCACCAGACGGUCGCACCUGUUCUUGUAGACGGAGACACCGUGAGGUUCUGGGUCAGGGCGUACGACGUCAGACGUGAACUCCUUGAGGAGAGUGUGACUGUCCACGUGGACACGUCCCCUCCAGUCAUAGAGAACCUGUGGCUCACAAGGGGAGACCGACUCAACAUCACCGUUCACAGAGUAGAGGAAUUCAAUGAAAUGACAUUUGAGUGGCUAGCAUUUGACGACCACAGUGGUCUAGAGAUUGUCUCGUGGAGAAUCUACGACAACUUUACCGGCUCCAACAUCUACCAUGGAGAAGACCAUAUUUCGGCUCAAGGCGACACAAAAAACCUGGCCAACUGUACAGCGAGGUACGGCGACUAUCCACGAGGCGCCAACUGCUACUGUACACCAGGAACAGGAUGUUAUCACAGACACUUUCAGAUCAAACCACGCAUAAUCUUGUCUAAUCUCAGUCAUGGCGGCGUGUUCCACGACCUGCACAAGGGUGUUCAUGACUCCGACUACUUCAUAGAGAUUACAGUGAUGAACCACGCCAAACUAAACACAUCACUUGCCAUCAAGGUGACUGUAGACGCGAGUGCACCACACCCUGGAGUUGUCCAUGAUGGUCAGCCUGGACAUCCGGAAGUAGACCACCAGGACAGUCUACAGCUCCACGCUCACUGGGACGGAUUCUUUGACAGGGAGAGUGGUGUCAAGUUCUACCAGUAUCAGUUCGCGGACACGUGUCUACAAAAGGAGCAUUUUGGUCUGGAUACGAGUGUAUUUAAUGUGACGGAAACCUACUCGACACGUGCAGCAUGGUCGGCUCCCACCCCAGGGAAGUACCACGUGACUGUGGUGGCCUACAACCGGGCCCUGGAGGUGUCAGACCCUGUGUGUUCUGACGGGGUGACAGUUGACGUCACACCCCCAGCAGUAGGACAGAUUGCUGUAGCCUCCUGUAACAUUGUCCCUGGUCUGGUUACUACCUCUGUAGGGACGGUCUGGUACAUCGACAAUCAACGCAGGAGAAGCCAGAUUACUGAACCAGAUACCCAAUGCAGAUCCAAAGGGAGAGCAAUCGGUGCAGGAGAGUUGGAGAAGUUCCCCAUCCAUUUGAUGCGAAACGAAACGAUGAUUAUACAAGAUGCAACGUUUUGCAUACAGUCUGAAUCGUUGUCAAGUGACUACACGAUAUACAUUUCUACAGAACAUCACCUGUUUGUUAACUGGACUGGAAUUGACACGGAGAGUGGUAUACAUGACUACGAGCUGGGGCUGAUGUCAGAUCCUUCUGGUGAAGCAGCUCCAGACAUCCUGCCCUUCUCGUCCACUCAUCAUCAUCCUCAGUAUCAGGGCUACCAUCCUCCUCUCAGUGAGGGGCAACAGUUCUACAUCGCCAUCAAGGCCAUCAACAAAGCUGGACUCACAACCAUUCAGGUUCUAGGACCUCUCCUCGUCCACACCCGGAAGCCCGUCUUCAACGGGGGAGUCAGUGCUACACUGACGUCCAUUCAGAGCCAUCUCCUGGUGAUGUGGAACAACUCCCACAUCACCGACGCCGGUGUUGCACACCUUAAAUAUGCAGCUGCUGUUGGCACCUCGCCGUAUGGAACUGAGGUGUUGCCCUUCAAUGACCUACGUUCAGGAACAGGGUGCUCAGUGACGUAUCCACCAACAUGUACGGCAAUAGCUGUCACCGACCUUCUCUGGGACCUCCACCACAGCCACGCCUACUACGUAUCAGUGAGGGUCACCAACAUAGUUGGGCUAUCCACAGUGGUGGUAGCAGAGCCCUACGUCCAUGACGUCAGACUGCCCUCACGUGGUGUUGUCAUGGAUAUCUGCCCCGAAGAUGAAGAGGAAUUAUUUCAGAUAACGGAACUGCGAGACUCGGACUGUCAACUGUCUACAAUAGGGCUGAAGGCCAGGUGGUAUGGGUUUGAUGACGACAUCUUGAACGUGACCUACAAGGCAGGGAUCGGCACCGCGCACGGGAUGGUUGACGUCAGAGGCUAUGAAGACACCGGGUACUCCACCCAGCAUCAGUUCCGGAAUCUACUGCUGAACACCACCCAGUCUGCCAUGUAUGGCUGUCAAGAUGAUGUGUCUGCUAUGCAUGUCUGUCACGAGGACCAGCAGUAUCAGCUGUCAACCACCAUGUUCACCGCCCACUGGAACGUCACACAGCAAUACACACACCAGUACCCGGAUGUCAAGUGGAAGCUGGAAAAGAAGUUUGCAUUAUCAGAUGACCUGUGGCAUACAGAGAGGGAUUAUGGGUACACUGGACACCGCCACCACAUUCUGUCCACGGACCUGAAUCUUCAGUCGGGGUACAAGUUCAGGGCGGCUGUGAAGCUGUGUGCCGUGGAUGUCUGCACUGAAGCCGUGUACAGUGACGGAGUUACAGUCCUACACCAUCCACCUGUUAGCGGAGACAUGAACGUUAACUACACCGAGACCAACACAGGCUCCAAGUUUGAGGUGACCAUGACCAGAUUUGCUGACCCUGACAUACCAGUGAAACACGAAGCAUACAGCGUUGUGGACAGAUAUGAGUGGAGUUUAACAGACGGUGACCACGACAGCAGACUUCUGACAACGUGGCAGCCUGUGGCAGACAGCACAGCCAUUGGGGAUGUGAUGACAUUCCACGUGCAUCUGCCCAAACACCUGGACUUCAGCAAGUGCCGACGUCUUGCUGUUCGAGGCUACAACAAGGUGGGGCUCUCCACCACCGUAUCCGCCGACAUGAGAGACUGUGCUGCAUACGACCCUGCUGUCGUAGUUCCCUCGAUUGUUAUCGAUGUUGUUGGCGCCCGACAGGUUGAUGAUGUCGGGUCCCCCGUCUCUCUGGACCAGAAUGGCGGGUGGGACACAGCUGAUGCUGACUACACCCCCUACAGGAACGUCCUGUCUGCUGUGUGGCCCACACUCCGUCACAGGAACUACACGUGGGCAGUGGUGUCAGGUGACCAGCUGGACCCCUCAUCUCACUACAAGAAGGACAGUCUGAUGACCUUCACAGACCCCUGUAGCAUGCCGGAUGUCAUCAAGUGCGGCCACACAGACAAGGAAUUUCUUAACGUGGUCGAGGCAGAACUCUGGCUUGUUCACGGGAGGAUGUACUAUGUGUGUGUUCAUGCCGAGGCGAGAGUCGUGGAGUACGAGAAGUGGACAGAGGACUUACCAGAGGUCAGCUCGUGUAGUGACGGGGUCACGGUGGACGUGACGCCACCUAGCGGAGGAAGGGUGUUUCUUGGCGGCCUCAACAGCCCCGCGUUCCAGAUCAGCACCAGUGAGAUCGAGGUCUUCUGGGACGGCUUCCUUGACGUAGAAGAGGAAGGGUCGUCUCCACACCCCAGUGGGAUAGCAUAUUAUGAAGUUGCUCUAGGUUCUCAUCCUGGAGGGGAGGAUGUGGCGGCAGCACGGAGACAGGGUUUGGUCAACCACGUCAUCCUGAACGGCCUCCAGCUGCACGACGGGCACACCAUCUACGCGUCCGUGACAGCCACCGACUUUGUGAACAAGACCAAGACCGUCAUAUCGUCGGGGAUGUUGAUUGACUCCACGCCGCCGGUGACAUGGACAGUGAGGUUGCCUUCAGUUAUUGAUGUAUUGACUGUCUGUGGUCUGGUUGUUUCGAGACCUGCCUAUGAUGACGUGGUCAAGUACACAUCUACAUCUGACCAGUGUAUAGCUAUCGACGGCGGGGCACCUCUAAUAGACGGACAUGUCUACUUUGUUUCAGUGAAGGGAUACAACAAGGUAGGCCUGCACAGUUUGAUAACUUCACGACCUGUGACGGCAGACACCACGCCGCCCUCUAGCGGCCACGUGUAUGAUGGACAACGCAGCACCGUCAGUGGCCAGAUCAAGGACGCUGACUUUGUCACCGUGAUGUCUGAGAUGGGGUCCUACUGGGAGGGGUUUUCCGACCCCCACUCUUCCAUUAGUCACUAUCUCCUCCAGGUGGGAAAGUGUCGGGGAUGUGACGACACGCUCGCUCAGUCACACGUAGGGGCAAGAACAGACGUGCGGUUCUAUGACGUUUCCUUCAAGUACGGCAUGCCGUAUUACGUGACGGUGACAGCGUGUAACAUGGCAGGUCUGUGCACCAUGGCGACAAGUGAUGGUGUCAUCUUAGAUGUGACAGCUCCACGAACAGGGAACAUCAUAGACGGAACCCGAGACGAAGAUGUCCAAUAUCAGGCUUCCAGGACAUUCCUUAGAUGUAAGUGGCGGGGCUUCCAGGACCCUGAGUCUGGGCUAGACCACUAUGAAUGGCGCGUAGGAACAACACCAGGAGGUGGCGAGAUUCUCGAACCAACGAACGCAGGCCUAGAAGAGGCCAUCUUCCAGACGCUGCCACGUGACAACCAGCUUCCGUUGGGACAGACUCUGUACACGACAGUGCGGGCUUACAAUAAAGCAGGUUUAUACAGUGAAGUCACGUCCAACGGGUUUGUGAUUGACAUCACUCCACCCGAAGUUGUGGUGACACCAGGGAUCCUGGACGGAUAUGGAUCCAUUGUGGCUGGGACGUCCAUCAGCAGGACCACCUUGAGGAUAGGCUGGAAGUUCAAGGACGAAGAAUCUUACAUCGAGAGACAGUACCUGUCAAUCUCAUCUCACCAACUGGGGGAUUUCCAGUCACAUCUCAUGAAGGUGACUCUUCCGGGACUUCUGGAAGAAUACACGUUGUCCCAGCUGGACCUCCACGACGGAAGCAGCUACACGGUGAAGCUCGUCGCCUGCAACAUGGCGGGCUUAUGUCACUCCACAUAUACUGGAGCCAUGCUGGUGGACAGCUCGAAACCCUUGACAGGUGCGCUAGCCGUACACACCGACCAUGCAGCUUGGCUGUCACGACACCAGUCAGGCUGGAUGACAUGGAACGAGACUCGUCUGAACCUCGCCUGGCUUGGCUUCUCUGAUCUACAUUCUGGAAUAACUCACUACAUCAUGACAGUGGGGUCUGCUGAGUUCGGAACCGACCUUAAUGAGGGAAACACAUCUGUCCUUGUACAGCACAAUGUGUCUGGCAUUGAGCACGAUGACGAAGGCAGAGUUCAGACUGGUGUUGUCCACACGAAGGACCUCUCUUCCACCCGGUCUGUGUUUGUGGCAAUCUGGGCUGUCAACGGGGUCGGCCUUCAGAGCGAUGCGCUUCACCUGGGACUGGAACUAGGCGCCGGGGGUGAGCUGGAGCUGGUGAGACGGUGUCAGUCGUACAACUGUGAGGGCCACUGUGUCUGUGCCGUGCAGGACGGGGCGUGCCAGCACACACGCGGAUGUACACAGCUCCAGAAUGGUGGGUCAAACGACGUUCUUGGUGUGACCGAUGUCACCGACCUCCGCUUCACGGCAUCCCAAGACAUUGACCACUCGCCAUCAGACACCUUCAUGGCUGCCCGUUGGACGGUAUUGAAACAACAAGGGUUGCCUUUUACACAGUACGAGGCCAGUCUCGGAGACAGCGACAACGACUACCCCACGGGGGUGUUUGAUACUCACUCCCGCAGAGUGUGGUUCAGCGUCGGGCGGCAAACAUCAGCGGUCAUCUCUCUGCCAAGUGGCAUGGACCUCAGCAGUCGUCACGAGUAUUCCUUCUUUGUGAGAGGCUGGUACGACGGGAUGACGUACAGCAUCUUCAGGUCAGACGGGGUCAUGGUGGACACAGCCCCUCCCAAGACAACCGACAAACAGGCGCUCACAGUUAUUGAGGUGAGAGGUGACGAUGGACUGAAGGAUGUAGACUUCCAGAAGGAGACGGACACAAUGAGGAUCAGCUGGACCAACAAGUUCCUGCCGGGCGCCACUGGUAUUCUGAAGUACCGAGUCUACAUCAGCACAAGCCCCGGGGGACACAAUAUCCACGCGUCUGAUGACCUGACCACGACGAGCUACACAGCAAGGAACCUGAGUUUACAGGCAGCCACAGUGUACUUCUCCAGUGUCGUGGCCUACAGCAGGGCUGGCCUGGUCAGCUGGGCCUACUCUGAUGGUGUCCGAGUGGACGUGCUGCCUCCAGUAGCGGGUACAGUCAGUGAUGGACAAGAGAUGCACGACACGGACUACCAGAGUUCUCCAUCCGCUGUAUCGGCUUCCUGGCACGGCUUCUCCGACACGGACUCCACCAUCAUCACGUACUUCUGGUGUGUGGGAAGACUCAACGACACAACCGACUGCAGUGUGCUAGGCUGGCGGGAUACCGGGCUUCACACCACCUUCAAGGCACAACUUGCUUCACCCUCCAGAGUGGUAUGUGUCCAGAUCAGUACACGUUUAUGGAGCAAGGUGUAUGCUGUAGAUGCAGUGGGUCACGCCUCAGACGUAGCUGUAUCGGAUGGUGUUGUCGUGGACACGUCUCCCCCAGACCCACAGGCCGUUGCAUACUUGGGAGACAACCUGGUGAAAAAUCCCUCGUUUGAGAUACAAAAUAAACCUUUGAAUUCAUCGACAUGUAAUGACCGUGUUCCCGAGUACUGGCAGAUUGACAACUAUUCGUGUAUACACACCAUUACAUCCGAGCGUCAAUUAGCCAGACAUGGUAGCAGCUAUGUUGUAGUCAGCGGAUCUGUUCUGCAGGCAGGUAUACAUCUCAAUGUGGGACAAAUGUACAAAGUGAAGAUUCAUGCAGGAUAUACAGAGGUCACGGACACACAUCAUAUCGCUAUAGAAGGCUUCGUGUCAGUUGGCGCUGAAGUCAUCACGUUCAGUCUUGAGCCCAAUCUGUGCCGAGGGGUGUGUGAUGUGGGUAGACAUUCUGUUAUCAUGUGGAAUACACACACACUUUCCUUCAUAGCUCGGGAGGAAUCAGCACAACUUACUAUUGGCACAAAGUCAAGAUCCAUGGUGAUGGCGGUUGAUCACGUGACAAUGCAGAGCGUCACCUAUAGUGGACAUGACGAGACUGUGGACACAGAGAAGCACGUGGAGGUGAACGCCGUGUUCCUGCCUCACUGGUCGUCCCUGCAUGUGUCCUGGCACUUCACGGACAGCGAGUCGCCCAUCACCAUGUACCAGUGGGCAGUAGGUCUGGUGGAGGGCGGUACACAGUUACAAGGCUUCACUAACGUUGGUAGAAACCCUCAAGGAACACUUUCUGCCAAGAAGCUGACUCACAACUGCAGACUGUAUGUGUCGGUACUCGCCACUAACGCUGUCGGCCUGACAUCACUGACGAGAGCAGACCCCCUGACGGUGGACAUGACAGCACCAACUAUACAACAAGUCAACGAUGGUUCAGGUGUGGAUACAGAUUUCCUAUCACCAGGGGACAUGGCAGCCAACUGGGCUGUGGAAGAUGAAGAGUCAGAUUCCUUCAGCUGUGACGUCGCUAUAGGGCACACCCCAGGGGAUGAUGAUGUCCGUCGGUUUGCUAGAACUGAACCUGGAGUACGAGAUGUAAGGUGGAAUCUGACUGAUCUGGUGGCCUCGUCUAGUUUGAAGGUGUACACGACAGUACGUUGCUAUACCAAGGUCGGGCAGAUCUCCGAGUCUUCAUCUAAUGGCGUAGUUCUCGUGUCCGGUGAGGACAUGGCAUCUGUUGCUGGCUUCAAGGUCCUGGAGGAGAGGCCGUCUGUGUUCUCAGACAGAGACCAGUGUCACGUAGCCCGAGACACUGUGAGACUUCAGUGGGAGGGAGGAGAAACCGAGACCCCUCACACCACCCUGGUUCGCAUCCAGGGUAGCAGUUUGCUGUACCAGCAGAGCGUCCCGAGUACAUUCACAUACACAUCUGCCCAGCUGUGUGGCCUGAAGCUCAGCGACCUGACAACCUACAACAUCAGCGCCAUGCAUGUGCUGGACAAGGCUGGGAACCCGACAGAAACAUCCAUCACCAUGCAUGGACCUCAACCAAGACUAAACAAAGCUGCGAUGAUUUCGUCCAGGACGUCCGACAGGGUGACGACUCUGUCCUGGCCGGGCCUGUUCACCUCCACCUGGGGCCAGCUGGUGUAUGAGGUGAUGGUGGGCAGGGUAGAGGGUGGGGCAGAUAUAGUGGACGGGCUGCUGACCCGUCAGGAACAGAUGGUCCUCAACCUGUCCUCGCACCCUCAAACUGUCACUCACGUUUAUGUCUCCAUAACAGCCAUUGAUGCGUGUGGAUACACAGCUUACUACUCACAGACUGUGGAUGUCGGCUCGUGAUUCAAGCUGAUUCGGGGACGUGUAAAUCGUGAAUAAAUGUUCUUCUGGAGCUUUGACAAAUGUUGUUUUGUUCCGACUUUACGUACAAGUUCUGAAUAAAGUAUGUAAAAGCUGGAAUGAACAGUUA